AUGACCGCAAAUGGUGCAUGGUCUGGUGCAAGAAUAAUAAAUUUGGAUGCGCAGCGUAUGCGAAAAGCAUCGUUAUCAUUGUCCGGAUGCGGAUUUCUCUGCAUUUACCAUGCUGGUGUUUGUGCAGCCAUUAAGGAAUAUGCACCGCAUUUACUGAAAAACCAAAUUUCCGGUGCUUCCGCAGGUUCCAUAAUUGCAGCUGGUAUAGUUUGUGAUGUUUGCAUCUCUCAGGCAACAAGUUUUUUCCUGAGCGUCGUGUCUGAGGCACGUUCAUAUACAUUUGGUGCUUUGAAUCGAGAUUUCGAUCUUAUGAAAUUAGUUCGAACAAAGUUGAAUGUUAUUUUGCCUGCUAAUGCCCAUGAACUUUGUACGGGUCGACUGCGAAUUUCAGUAACUCGUUUGCGCGAUAUGCAGAAUGUGAUUUUGGAGGAGUUUUGCUCCAAGGAAGAAGUCAUUGAUGUAUUUUUUGCAUUAUUUCGUAAAAAAUUUAGUAGAAGGAAUUGA